AGAAACACUCUGUUAGAGUCAAUAUUGAAGUGUGGUAGAAUUCAUCAUUUUAACUUGGAACACCACCGGCAUUUAAUCAUAAAAUGGGUAUAGGAAUUUCUAAGAAAAAGGUGGAAAACUCGUUUGCAACACUUACCAAAAAGACUGCAACAGGAUAUGGAACAUUAGAAGGCAAGUGUGAACUGAUAGGGUUUAAGUACUAUGAUAUGAUCAACAGAGGAGAAAUUACUUUGGAUCAGGCCCUUAACGAUAUCAUGGCAUACACGCGUUCACACAACAUGAACCCUAAAGAAGUACAAUAUUGCUGGUUAUCCCUUCACUUAGGCCUCGGAUUAUGCUUCCAGUUAAAAGUCAACGACAAGAAGCCACUUCGAAGAUUCUUACUGGAACUUCUUCAGUACAGUCGAGGAAUAGACAUGGGUCUAUUCAUGAGAGAUUUCAUGUAUUAUGAUGACUUGUCUAUUUCCAACGAAACACUAGACAAGGCUUACUAUGUUAUCAAAGCAGCUGCUGGUUUUGUAGUGGAUUUCAAAGACAAUAAGUUAGGAGAUAAAUUAUUUAAAGGCCCGGCUCGUGUCGUGUAUAAAGAACUUAUAGAAGAAAACCAAGCUUACUAUCUUGAUAUACCUAUAGGGCACCCAACGCUCUUAAUGACGGGCAACACCUCGUCAGAUAACCAUAUUGGAACUCAAUGUCUCACUUUGGCGUGUGAAAAUUUGAAACCAAAUGUUGUUUUGCUUUUGCUACAACAUGGUGCAACACCACAUGGAAAACCUCUCGAGCACGUACUUCGAAAUCUUGGAUCACAACAAAUAAUCGAGGAAGCAACUGGGCAAGGCAUUUCCGAAAAUCCAAUGGAACUACUAGAAAAAUGCUUAGAAUAUCUUCUACGGACAAUCAAAACACUUCAGCUCAAUUUUGAUGGUCAAACUGUGGCGCAUCUUAAACAAAAAUCUCCGCAUGUUUAUUUCAUACGAGAGAGUGCUGCAAGAUACUUGCCAAGUGAAUACUAUAAGUCUCCCCGCAAACUGAAACAAUUGUGUCGAUGUGAAAUUCGUGAAACCCUUUUGAAAAAUGACCAGUUACCAUCUGGAAUAACAAGCCUUCCAAAUCUGUCGGAACAUUUAGUGAAAUACGUGCAGUUGGUAUGUUAGGAGAUCAAACUUUCAUUAACUUUCCGAAUUCUUUGUAAACAAUUUGUAAUAAUUUUCAAAUGUAAUACGUAAAUAAAUUAGCAGAUACAUAAAAAAAA